AUAAGCAUUACCUUACUAUUUUCCGUCACCUUUAUUUAGUAUAUAUAUAUCACAAUUCACAGGCUUCUUGUUAUCUCUCAUUGGCUCUUCUUCUUGGCUUCUUCUCAAAUCACCUUGCUGAUCAGCUAAAGAAUCUUUGAGAGAAGCAAGAGAGAUAGAAUGGGUCGUGGAGUUAGUGCCGGUGGAGGGCAGAGUUCUUUGGGAUAUCUUUUUGGGAGCGGAGAGGCUCCAAAGCCAUCAACCGUUAACAAAGCUCCAGCCGAAACCCAGUCUUCUGCUCCUGCUCCACCUCUUCAAACUGCUGCUCCAAAGGCUGUUGAUAGCAUCAAACAAGUUCCUGCUGGUCUCAAUAGCAACUCUACAAAUAAUUACAUGCGUGCAGAAGGACAGAACACAGGCAACUUCAUUACGGACCGGCCAUCGACCAAAGUUCACUCAGCUCCAGGAGGUGGCUCGUCUCUGAAUUACCUCUUUGGUGGUGGUAGCAACUAGCUAUUUGAGGCAAACUUGGUCACUCUAUCUUCUUUAUCCCAAGUCACCCUUGUAUCAUUUUCGUGGAACCUCUUGCCUCUUGGUCCCUAGCAGAAUAUAAAAUCUGUAUAAUCUCUAAAUUUCUAUGUGAUUCAAUUGUUGUAUUCUCGUCUUUCAAACAAUAACAUUCUCUCUAGAUUUCUACUAUUUUUUUCA